AUGGCGACAGAAGCUGCCUUCACCUCCAGGCCCGAGACCUUGGCCAAGUACCUCAAGCUUGACCAGAAGGGCUCAAUUAUGGCCGAGUACAUCUGGAUCGACGCUGAUGGCGAGACCCGUUCCAAGUCGAGGACUCUCAAGGAGAAGGAGUACACCCCCGAGGACCUUCCUAUGUGGAACUUUGACGGUUCCUCCACCAACCAGGCUCCCGGCGACAACUCUGAUGUCUACCUGAAGCCCGUCGCCGUCUUCCCCGACCCUUUCCGUGGAUCUCCCAACAUCCUCGUCCUCUCUGAGUGCUGGAACGCCGAUGGCACCCCCAACAAGUACAACUACAGACAUGAGUGCGCCAAGUUGAUGGAGGCUCACGCCGCUCACGAGCCCUGGUUCGGUCUCGAGCAGGAGUACACUCUGCUCGACCUCAGCAACCGCCCCUUCGGCUGGCCCGCUAACGGCUUCCCUGCUCCCCAGGGCCCCUACUACUGCGGUGUUGGUGCCGGCAAGGUCGUCCAGCGCGACAUCGUCGAUGCCCACUACAAGGCCUGCCUGUACUCUGGCGUCAAGAUCUCUGGUACCAACGCCGAGGUCAUGCCCGCCCAGUGGGAGUUCCAGGUCGGUCCCUGCACCGGCAUUGAGAUGGGUGACCACCUCUGGCUCGCUCGCUUCCUCCUGGCCCGUAUUGCCGAGGAGUUCGGCGCCAAGGUCUCCGUUGAGCCCAAGCCCAUUCCCGGUGACUGGAACGGUGCCGGUCUCCACUCCAACUUCUCCUCCAAGGAGAUGCGUAUUGAGGGUGGCAUGAAGCACAUCGAGGCUGCCAUCAAGAAGCUUGAGGGCCGCCACAAGGAGCACAUUGCGGUCUACGGCGAGGGCAACGAGAAGCGUCUCACUGGCCGCCACGAGACUGGUUCCAUUGAUUCGUUCUCUUACGGAGUUGCCAACCGUGGUGCUUCCAUUCGUAUUCCCAGAGAGUGCGCCCAGAAGGGCUACGGCUACUUCGAGGAUCGCCGCCCCGCCUCAAAUGCCGACCCCUACAGAAUUACUGGUAUUCUGAUGGAGACUAUUUACGGUACUGCCGAGUAA